AUGAAAUCUUGGACCAGAGCAAUUCUCUCUCUGGGACUCUUCUCAACCGUCAUAGGCGCGAAGCCAUCGUGGCCAAAUCCCACUAGCGGAAGCUUCACCAUAGAAGACUUCGCCUUUGACUCUGGCGAGAUCGUCGACUCCCUCAACAUCAGCUAUCAGACCCUCGGCAAGCUCAAAGUCAAUCCGGACGGAUCCAACAACGCAGUUGUUCUCCUUCAUGGUACUACCGGCUCCAGCGCUCAGUUCCUUGUCGAAGAGUUCGCUGGUGCUCUCUUCAACCCAGGCCAACCUCUCGACGCCAAUGAGUACUUCAUCAUCAUGCGCGAUGCGAUCGGCCACGGCAACUCAAGCAAGCCUAGCAACACCGGUCUUCGCGCCUCGUUUCCGAAGUAUCAGUAUCCCGACAUGAUCCGCGCCGACCAUGCUCUCUUAACUGAGCACUUCAAACUCAACCGAUCCCGUCUGACACUUGGUGUCUCCAUGGGCGGCAUGCAUACUUGGAUGAUGGGUGGAGAGUAUCCGGGUUUUUCGGAUGCUUUGAUGCCUAUCUCUUCCUCUCCAGUUGAGAUAGCCGGACAUAAUCGUCUUUUUCGGAAGUUCAUCACUGAGCUUGUCACCAUUGAUCCAGCGUGGAAAAACGGUAAUUAUGAGAAGCAGCCAGCUGCUGGCCUUGGUGGUGCACUGAUGAUUCAGCUUGUGCUGCUUUCAUCACCUUCAUACUGGCAGCGAGCAUUCCCGACCCGUGAAGCCAUAGAUAAGUAUGUUGAUGAACAGAUCAUUCCUCGGCUUGAAGACUUCGAUGCCAAUGAUCAACUCUAUGCUUGGAACGCAUCUCAAACCUAUAAUUCCAAAGCUGGUCUUAAGAAUAUUCGGGUUCCUUUGACUGCCGUUAAUACUGCGGAUGACUUGCUGAACCCAAUCGAACUCGGAUUCUUGGAGGAUGGUGUCACGAACGACAUGACGCCUGGAUAUGGCCGUGCAGUCACCGUUCCCGCAAGCAACGAGACUACUGGCCACGAUAGCUACAUCAUGGCUGACCUUUGGAAGAGCGAACUCGAGAAGCUUCUGGCCCGGUCGAGCUCGUAA